UGGGACAUCAUUGAGAAAUAUUUGCCUUGCUGAAAGCAGAGUUUCCUCAGUCUUACUGACUGACUUUGACAAAAUGAAGUGGAGUCUAGUCGUACAAUGCCUUUCCUUCUUUUUCUGUGUUUAUACCUCAACACAAACCGAGGUGACGUGUACCGUGCCAACAAUCGAAAAUGCAAAGACACUGAAGAAACCAGGCACAAAUAUCGAGUACCAGUGCCUACAUGGAUAUGAACCCGACAGGUUCACCAUCACCUGUAAUGAGCAGGGAGACUGGGACUAUAUGCGCCACUGCACUGCAAAAACACUGGACUGUGGCCCACCCCCAUCAAUCGAACAUGCAUUACAGGUUUUUAAGGAGCAAUAUAAGGAGGGGGAAACGGCUACUUAUGUCUGUCCUUCAAACUACGUUAAGGAUGGUGAUCCCUACAUGAUCUGCUCACGAGGCAGAUGGAUAGGAAAAGGGAAAUGCUUGCAAAUUAAUUGUCUGCUUGGGCCACCCACACCUGGAACAAGCACAAGCCCAAAAGGGAAGAAUGUAUUCAGGGUUGGAGAGAGUGUAGAAAUCACCUGCUCAGAAAGACUCUGGUUGUACGGAACAAGAAAGAUCAAACGAAACAUUAUAUGCAAAGAAAGUGGUGAAUGGGAACACUCGCCUGUGUGUGAGGAAAUUACUUGUGAUAUUCCCUAUGACCAGCAUGUGGACAGUCCUCACUACUACUUUAGUAGGGACAGAAGAUUGGGGGUCAAAAAAACAUACCAGUGUGAAAGUGGGUAUCGGGCAGGAGCUAGAACUGCCACGUGUACAGAGAACGGCUGGCUUCCAAACCCACUGUGUACUGAGAUUACGUGUCCUGAGCCAACAAUUGAAAACGCAAGACUGCUGGACAAUCCACAACGUCCUUAUAAACCAGGUGCACGUAUUCGGUACCAGUGUCUACAUGGAUCUAGCACAUUUGAAAUCACCUGUGAUGGGCAGGGAGAAUGGAACAAUAUACGUCCCUGCCCUGGGCCAGCUACCUGUCCAAAACCUGAUAUGGUGAUAAUCAGUGGCGCCAUUAAUGAACCUCAAAAGGUCAAGGAUGUCUACACAAAAGGAGAUACUGUGGAAUUUAAAUGUUCUGAAGGAUUCGUGUUUGAGAACGAAGCCAUUGCCCGCUGUACUGGGAGGGAGUGGACAUACCCAAAAUGUAUAUCAACAACACUAGACUGUGGCACACCCCCACAGAUUGAACAUGCCGUACAGGAUUUUAAGGAUCGAUAUGAGCACGGUGAAAAAGCUGCUUAUGACUGUCCUGCACUCUAUGUUAAGGAAGGUCAUCUGACCUGCACACGAGGCAGAUGGGCAGGAAGUGGGAAGUGCUGGAAACCCUGCACUGUGGAUCUUAAAGCUAUGGAUGACCGUAAUAUACAGCUAAGGCAUAAAUACACAGAAAAAAUCUAUGUAACACAUAGAGAUUUUGUUGAGUUUUCUUGUAAAAGCGGAUAUAGACUAGCGAAAGGCAGUGUUUCCCUCCGUCAGAGCUGCACUAAUGGAGAAAUUCCCUUGCCUGUUUGUGAAUAGUGAGUCACAGGUUCCCAUUAAAGUGCUGUGGGGGGUUCAGUUGUGCACUUCACUGCUUAAAGAAGAAUCAGUCAUUUUAACCUGCUGUCUUAGAAGUUUAGAUGUUUGUGUAGUGAUAAAUAACUGAGGAGGCUGCCAUUCAAACUACAUUCAGAUAAACUUCCAUUCAGUUAGCAGAAGAAUGGAUUGUGUUCGACCUGUCCAGGGUGUAUCCUGCUUUCCGCCUGAUGACAGCUGGGAUAGGCUCCAGCACCCCCGCAACCCAGAAGGAUAAGCAGCUUAGAAGAUGUGUGUGUUUGUGUGUGUGUGUAUGUGUGGAUUGUGUUCAGUCAAACACAAUAAGUUAUGGUGACCAGAGAGCUUCGUUUAGUUUCAUGAGCUAAUUAAACCAAAGAAAUGAUGAUUGUGAAACUGUGUUUGAUAUAUUUAAGAUCUCAACCAAAAUCCAUCUCCUGGGAGAUCGAAUGAAAUAUCAUUUACAAAUUUAACCUCUUAAGUAGCAUUAAAGAAGAAGCCCUUUGAACUAUUCAUAAGAUUUUCUUGCUCUAUGUUUCUCAAUAUUUGUUUUCCAGCAAAAUUAAUAAACCAUUUAAGAAUGUU